ACUACUGGAACAUCAACAGAUCUUUAUUUAAAAUUUGAAAUCUAAAAUGUGGAGACUGGGUAAUACCGGAGACUGAAACUAAAAUUACAGAUGGUAUCAGAUAUUCAUAAUUAUAAAACGGAAAUUCCAGAAUUUCAAAUAAAUGAUAUCUAGAUUCUAGAUAAUUCCAGAAACUGUUUAACCUCCAAUAUAAAAAUCUUGACAGUGGCAUGUCAACAAACAUGUUUUGAAAUUUCUGGUACUUGGAAAGUAAAAAAAGUAAAAUAAAUAAUUUUCUGCGAUUGUGCUUUGAAUUUAGAAUUUAAAAAUGCCUGGUAUUGAAGAAAAGAAAGUUGAAAUAGCUGGGGCUAUUUGCGCCCCUCCAGAACCCUCAGGGGAGUCCCAACGCGUGCGUCCACAACCUAGACACUCGACUAAUCUACAAGGUUUAUUAAGGUUUUGUGUGGAAGCUACACAAUCUGAAGAUGCUCCAGCAGAAUCUCAUGUUUUACCUUUGGAUGAAGAAAGGCGGAAAUGGUUAGAGGAAGCGAUAAAAUCCAUGUCAGUCGAUAUAAUAGGACUUCUACAAAAACAAAUAAAAGUUCUUCAAAAAGUUGAUAGUAUCAAACCUGAAGAUGAUAUAUCUGAGUAUGAACAAGCAGUAGAUAUUAUUUUGGAACAGGUGGAUCACAUUGACAUAGCAUGUGAUUUCCAUAAAAUUGGUGGGUUUAUGGUGCUCUAUCCAUGUCUAAAAUCUCCCCAUCCAAAAAUUAGAGCAGCUGGUUGUGAACUGUUGGCAGAACUUUGUCAAAAUAAUCCCUAUUGCCAGGAAGUAGUCUUAGACAAUGAAUUUGUCCCUAAAUUAUUAAACAUGAUAGAUAAGGAUGAAGAUACAGAAGUUGCUGUUAAAGCAUUAUAUGCUGUCAGUGCGAUUAUUAGACAUAGUCAGGAAGGUUUUAAUCAGUUUAUCCACUAUAACGGACCUGUUAUUCUUCUAAAAGCUUUGAAUAGGACAGAUGACAGAUUCAUUAAAAAAACCACCUUUCUAUUAAGCACCCUAUGUGAUUCACAGCCAGAUUUUAAAAGUAGACUUGUAUUUCUCGAUUACAUCCCAACAUUAAUUACUUUAAUAUCUAGAGAGAGGCAACCCAGUCAUGAAUAUGUCUUGGCAUUAUUAGCAGCUUUAGUUGAAGAAAAUGCAACUGCUUUAAGUGAGUGUAGAAAUCCUAGACACAACUUACAGGAAGUUUUGCAGAAAUAUGUUGCAAAUUGUGGCACAAAAGAGGAAUGUUUGGAAGAAAUACAACAUUGUAAGAGGAUUUUGUAUCUAGUAUUUGGUUGUAAUUAAUCUCAAAUAUAUACAUAAUAUACUCUGAUUAUAAUUUA